CCAGUCGAACAAAUGAUAGUGUAACUCAACGCCGUCUCGAAAACAUCCGCUGUGCGGGAUUAUGAAAGCAUGACUAGAGACUAAAGUCGUUCUAACUGCGCCACUGAACACCAACACACAGAUGGCCUAGUUUGGAUGGCUCACUUUGGACCUCGGCUGGGGCCGUCACGCAUCUUCCUUUCACGCGUGGCCGUGUUCAGACUCCUCGGGUCUGUAGGAAUGGAGGACAUGGGUUUGGUAAUAAGUCGUUCCCCACUGGAGCGGCUCGACUUUGAUAAUGUCGUUCUCAAGAAACUUCCCAUGGACCCGUCCGAGGAGCCGGGGGUGCGGCAGGUAAAAGGAGCGUGUUUCUCACGCGUGAAGCCUCAACCGCUGACCAAGCCUCGGUUCGUGGCUGUGUCACAUGAAGCCCUGGAGCUGCUUGGUCUCGAAGGACAGGAGGUCAUGAACGACCCUCUCGGGCCGGAGUAUCUCAGCGGAUCCAAAGUUAUGCCUGGAUCCGAGCCUGCGGCUCACUGCUACUGUGGUCACCAGUUCGGCCAGUUUGCCGGACAGUUGGGAGACGGGGCUGCCUGCUACCUAGGAGAGGUGAAGGUGCCAUCAGGCCAAGAUCCCGAGCUGCUCCGGGAAAACCCGAGCGGUCGGUGGGAGAUCCAGGUGAAAGGAGCAGGGCUUACUCCCUAUUCCAGACAAGCUGAUGGCCGUAAGGUCCUGCGCUCCAGCAUAAGAGAGUUCCUGUGCAGUGAGGCAAUGUUCUUCUUGGGUGUGCCCACAACCAGAGCAGGCUCUGUGGUCACCUCUGACAGCAGGGUUGUACGGGAUGUGUACUACAGCGGGGACCCCCGCCAUGAGAAAUGCUCAGUGGUCCUCCGCAUUGCUCCCACCUUCCUCAGGUUUGGAUCCUUUGAGAUCUUCAAGCAAGCCGAUGAAUUCACAGGCCGCCAGGGUCCCAGCUAUGGACGUGAUGAGAUCCGAGGUCAGAUGAUGGACUAUGUCAUUGAGAUGUUUUACCCUGAAAUCCAGCAGAACUACCCAGACAGGGUAGAGAGGAACGUGGCUUUCUUUAGAGAGGUGAUGCAUCGUACGGCUCGGCUUGUGGCUCAGUGGCAGUGUGUAGGAUUCUGUCAUGGAGUCCUGAACACAGACAACAUGAGCAUCUUGGGACUCACACUGGACUAUGGUCCAUAUGGCUUCAUGGACAGGUUUGAUCCAGAUUUCAUUUGUAACGCAUCCGACAACUCUGGCCGAUACUCCUACCAGGCCCAGCCGGAUAUCUGCAGGUGGAACCUGAUUAAGCUGGCGGAGGCUCUUGCUCCGGAGUUGCCACCAGAGCGUGCUGAGGCUGUUAUGGACGAGUAUCUGAAUUUAUUCAACAGUUUCUACCUGCAGAAUAUGAGGAAGAAGCUGGGUUUGCUGAAGAAAGAGGAGCCUGAGGAUGAGAUGCUGAUCACUGAACUCCUGCAGACAAUGCACAACACAGGUGCUGACUUCACCAAUACUUUCCGUAGCUUGAGUCACAUUUCCUGUCCCACUGAUGGAGAAUCUGAGGGAGAAGAGGAACCGAUCAAGAAAGCAACAGACCUCCUCCUUGAGCAGUGUGCCUCCUUAGUGGAGCUCAAGGCUGCCAACCAACCCACUAUGGAUCCACGUGAGCUGGCAAUGUUGCUCUCUAUGGCUCAGAGCAACCCAACGCUGUUCCAGAUGAUCUCGGACAGGGUGACGAUAGCAAGGCAGCUAGACAGGCUCAGCAAACUGAAAGACCUGAUGGAGACCAACCAGGAGGAGCUGAAAACUAAGCAGGCCGAAGAGUGGACCUCAUGGAUUAAAUACUACAGGAAACGUCUGGCUCGAGAACUGGAUGGGGAGAGCGACGAGCAGGCCGUGCAGGAGGAGAGGGUGAGGGUGAUGGACAGCACCAACCCUCGUGUGGUGCUCAGGAACUACAUUGCCCAGAAUGCAAUAGAGGCUGCUGAGAAUGGGGACUUCUCUGAGGUCCUGCGGGUCCUCAAGGUUCUGGAGAAACCUUUCUCCUCUCAGCCAGGUCUGGAGCUUCCUGCUUGGGUGGGUGGACAUGGUGCCACUGCACAGGGAGAAAGGGACGAAGGUGAAGAGCAACAGCAAGAAGCGUCUACAUCAGCAACCAGAGACCCGGUGCCUUAUGACAGCAAGCCCCCAGCGUGGGCCCACAAAAUCUGCGUCACAUGAUCUUCGUAAUAGCUUCCUUGAUUCUUUGCUUUCCUGCCUGAAGGAACAAGACAGUUUGACAGUUUUUUUUAAUAUCCUUCCCCACUUUUUUACUCACUGUCCAACUUUCUGUUUAUCUUCAGCUGGCAGCAUCAAGGAAGCUAAAAAGAGAACCGACUUUUCAUAGGAUAGCAAGAUGACACAAAGCAGACAGAUGAUGUUGAGUUGACAUGUUUCUUCUUGGGCUUUAGGUUUUAACUUGGAACAGGAUCUUGCAGUGAGUUUUAAUGUCAAAGGUUCUUUAGUAGAUAAGGGAUUUGCUGAGUCAUCUCUAUGUGGACUUUCUGUGGAGGACCCUGAAUGUGAGAUCUGUCAACAAAAAACAAAGUACGGGUUCUUAUCCCAUAUUUUUGCCUGUAUAAAAUUUAACCGAAAGAACUCUAUUUUGUUUCCUUCAGCUCAACGUCUUACCAGUCUGUUAGGUGUUUCUUUAGCUAUUAAUGAUGAGUCAGGCAGCAAGUCCAGCAGGGACAUGACUGACUCUGACAAGCUAUGAGGUGUCGCUUCAACUCACCAAAUUGUAUGUUUGUGAGUGAGAGAAAAAUGAUAUCUGUGGGUGAAAGAGAGUUAUUGCAUUUGACUUUUAAAAAGCUGCAAUACAUAAACGCGCACAAUAAAUUCUUUAAAGGCUUCGCCUUUUGAUGCUGUUGUAGUUCAUCUAUAGACCGAACCACACGCUAUGUUUUCUGAUACCUAAUAUGAUCAUUCUGCAUCAAAACUAUCAGUUCACUGAAAGAAGCUUAGAUCUGGAUGUUAUAUUGUACUGUUUUAUGUUUUACUGAGCCACAAGCAAGGAUUUUGUAAAAAGGGGAAUUCAUGAAUUAAUUUUAAAGGGCUCAUAUAAGGUCAUCAUUGCUGAUUAUAACUCAGCUAAUCUAGAUCCAGGAAUAGUCGUCCAGUUUGACAAAGUUCUGUCAAAUAAAACACGAACAACAAAUGGAAAUAGUAUGUUGAUAUAUAUAUAUAUAUAUAUAUAUAUAUAUAUAUAUGUGUGUGUGUGUGUGUGUGUGUGUAUAAAAUGACUUCUCUGUUUUAGCGUUUUCAAAUAAACUGAGCUUUCAACAAACAUUGUGCCAUUUCUGACUUGAAA